AUGCCAGCAAAGGGCAAAUUGGGAAGAACUGCACUGCAGGCUGCAGCUGGAAAAGGAGAAAUAGAUCUGGUCGAACAGCUGAUACAACUUGGUACUGACGUCAACGCACCGCCAAGCGAAGAAGCAGGAGCGACAGCACUGCAGUUUGUGGCUAUGCAUGGCUACACUGGAAUCAUUUCGGUUCUGCUGAAUGCUGGCGCGAUUUCUUUCGCAGGGAAAGCUGCCAAAGAUGGACUCACUGCGCUCGAAGGUGCAGCUGAGCAAGGACGAUUGGAUAUGGUGCGACUACUACUGGAUUUUGGAGAAGCGAUCGGUUCACUAGCGGAGAAGUAUGUCGAGGCGCGAGAUCUGGCUGAGAAAGCUGGUCAUGCGGUCAUUGCAGAUAUCAUCAGGAAUGCAGACAGUUUCAUGCUGGUUAAACAAACCUAG